AUGGCGGCCGAUCAGGAGGAGCAAAAAGAUGAACUCAUUGCUUUAACGUCUAUUUACGACAACAGAACAUUUAUUCGCUCCCUUGACGACAAAGGAGGACAAUUAAAUGCUCAUUUAGAUUUCCCAAAGCCAUUUUCUAUUCGGAUUCGUGAAGCACACCUCCCAAAAUCCUUCCGUAAAGACAAGACAGUAGAAGAAGCUGAUGAGCUUGCAACUUCGGCUGCAAAAGACGUUUUUGCAACCGUUAAUGUUGAUUAUCUGCCUCCAAUUGUAUUAAAUUUUGAAUUGCCAACAGCUUAUCCAUCAGAAGACGCUCCACAGUACACUCUUUCAUGUAAAUGGCUGACUAAUUUCCAGCUUUCUGAGCUUUGCAAGAAACUGGAUGCAAUAUGGGAAGAACAAGGCCCUGGAUCAGUUAUUCUGUUCACUUGGUUUCAAUUUCUAUUAGAUGAAGCAGUUGGGGUAUUAGCUAUUGAAAGUCCAUUUACACCAAAGUUCACRAGACAAACUAACAAGAAAUUCUCAGUAGAUGAGCGUGUGGUGCAGGAUGUUGCUUCAUACCACAAGAUGGUAGCUGCCAUUUUGAAUUUUAAUGAAACAGAAAAAGUGAGAGUAUUUGAGACAAGCAAUUUCACUUGUGAGGUGUGCUUCAGCGAAAAACCUGGUUUAUCAUCCAUCAAAUUCCAUGACUGUGACCAUGUGUUUUGCAAUCAAUGUGCUUCUGAGUAUUUUACUGUACAAAUCCAAAGUGGUGCAUCCAAAGCUCUGAAUUGCCUUGCAUCUAAAUGUGAAUCACAGGCAAACCCUUCUCAAGUAAAAUGCUUGGUUACACCCAACUUGUAUGAGAAGUAUGAAAAGCACCUCUUACAGUCAACGUUAGACAGUAUGCCUGACAUUAUGUACUGCCCAAGACCUAACUGUCAAUCACCUGUCAUCUUGGAGACAAACCAGACACUAGCCUCAUGUCCUCAGUGUGCUUUUUCGUUCUGUGUCUUUUGUAAGAAGACAUACCAUGGAGUCUCACCAUGCUCAAUCAAAAAUAAUGAAUUCAAGAAGCUUCAGGAGGAGUAUCUGAGUGCUAGCAAUGAAGAAAAAGAAAAAAUGGAAAAAAUGUAUGGAAAGCAAAAGUUAAAGAAUGUUUUCGAAGAAUUGGUGUCAAAUGAAUGGAUCAAAGCCAACUCCAAGAAGUGCCCUAGUUGUAGUUUUGGCAUUGAAAAAGUUGAUGGUUGCAACAAAAUGACUUGUUCCAGAUGUAGGUCUCAUUUUUGUUGGCUCUGCUCAUCUAUUCUAUCUUCGGGUAAUCCAUAUUUGCAUUUCAAUUCUCCUGUUGGAGGAUGCUUUGGAAAACUUUUUGAAGCUGUCCAUUGGAUUACCCUUCUACAUGCACAGACAUUUCUUAUUCUAGCUCAGUCCUAUAUUAUCCUAUCUAAUCUAUCGACUGCCAGUGUGCACCUCAUGAGAUGCCUGUGAAAGACGUUGCCUAAGGCCCGUAGCAACGGCAUGGGAUGGGGGAGGGGUGGAUGAGCCCCAGUUUCAACUUUCGUAAGUUAAAAAGGGAAAAAUAUGCUUUGCCCCCCUCCUACAUUUCUAAGUCUUGCUACGGGCCUUAGUAUAAAAACUAACCUUUGCCUUGUCUUUCGAAAUCAUCAGUUAUUGCUGCUGGUGUUUUUUAAUGACUUUGUCUCUCAGUUGUUGGCUGAUGAUGAUAAUUCAUUCAAAACCUUUCUGGAUUAUUAUGAAUAUCUGAAUAGAUAAUGAUGUUUGUGAAUAUUUGCCGACUGAAAAUGAAAAGUCGGGAGAAAAAGGGUGCCACCUACAUGUGCAUGCGCACAACUGAUUUCAAAAUAAAAUUGAUCCGUUCGAUCUGUUAGGGAAAAUGGUUCCUGAGAUUAUAA